CGUCACUGCGUGUCGGGCGCAUGUGACGUCAGUGAGAGAACAGACAUGGCGGAGUACAGCCAGGCCGGGCUCCUGGCGGCUCUGCUCCUGUUCACGGCCCUCACGGUCCGUGACGUUUAUCUCGGCAGAUCGAGCCCGCAGCGCGGACAGCAGCCGGCCGACAGACAAGGCCUCUCCCCCGACACCCUGGCGGACACGGAGCCCGGGAGACCCGCCAAAGCCUCGCUGUACAGCGGGCCCGUGCUCAAGUUCCAGUACUGUAUCUCCUGAGGUUACAGUAAAGUGUUCCAGGACUACUCUCAAGCCAUCAGCCAGGUGUACCCAGACAUCCGCAUCCAGGGAGAAAACUACCCCCCCACCCCCUUGAACAGGAUUUUGGGUAACCUGAUCUCCUACCUGAAGCUGCUUUCCAUCCUGCUGAUCGUCAGCGGUCAGAAUCCCUUCGUCCUCCUCGGCCUCGACACUCCCCGAGCCUGGACCUGGAGUCAGGACAACAAGAUCUUCUCCUGCCUGAUGGCCUUUUUCCUGUGUAACAUGAUGGAGACUCAAUUUCUGUCCACUGGAGCCUUCGAGGUCACUCUGAACGACGUCCCCGUGUGGUCAAAGCUGCAGUCUGGUUACGUCCCAAACAUCCAGGAGAUGUUUCAGAUCCUUGACAACCACCUGAAGAUGAACCAGGUGGAUCACAUGACCUUCUCCUCCACUUAGAGCUGCAGCUGUGCUGCGUUCAGGUGUCCCGGCUCAGUGGGACGUUCAGCCGCUGGCGUUCAUGAAGGUCCGGCCUUAAAGCAGAAUCUGCGGGGCCCGACUGGACUUCCUCUGCCACAAAAUGAACACUCCCUCUGCACCGGGUCACAGCUCAGCAUUACAACCCCCAGAAUGCACCUGUGCGGUGGAGACAGGCUGCAGACUCUGCUGUUUGUGUUGGGUUAGCUUCAUGCUAAUUAGCCUCCGUGUGAUGAUUAGAGCUGAAAUUGUUAGUGUGUUAUUUUUGUUUAAAACUGAAACAAGAAAAUCUGCAACAGAAAUGUUUGAACUCAACAUGAAACAAUGUGAGGCUUUGAAUGUUUUCUCUGAUUACAUUAAAUGGUUGAUCAGGUUGGUGAUCAGGUGUGUAACUCGUCUGUUUAAUCAUGAACUGAAUCAUAGUUUAGUGUUUUUAGGUCUUGUGUCGGUUUACCUUAACGUGGCUGAACACCUGGUUCAGAUCAUUGAUCGCUGUGGAUUUCAGCCGUCACAUUUGCUUUUAAAUAAAAGAUGGUUGAACUCCAA